CGAGAAAUGAAACGUAUUAGAGUAAUAUAUAUUACUAUGAUCUAGCCUUGGCAGAUCAUACUUGUCUUCCAUUACCCUGUUGAGGCAGAGUAAUGGAGACUCUACGCCUUUGCUUUCACAAUCUCUUAUCCUUUUAUCUCUCCAUUAUCUCUACUCUUCUCCGUUUGUUACUCUACCCUUUACCCACCAUUAAUAAACGAUUCCCUCUCUUCCUUCCCUUCAUUGAUGCUUAUGUAUCCCUUUUAUUCCGCUUCUCCAGUUUAUCACCAUGCACCCUCGAUUUAGACGAGCAUACCACCAUCCACUUCUGGGCCCCAAAUCAUCGACAUUUCAACAAGCCCAAUCUUUUAUUGAUCCAUGGUUAUGGUGGUGAUGCAAAAUGGCAAUUCAUGUACCAGGUUCGAUCACUGGCCCAAUCGUUUAAUCUCUACAUUCCGGAUCUUCUCUUCUUCGGGAAAUCGUUUACUACACGAACCGAACGGAGUGAAGAAUUUCAGGCGAAAUGCGUGGUGGAAGGGUUAAAGGGACUGGGAGUGAAGAAAUGCUCGAUGUUUGCGAUUAGUUAUGGCGGAUUUGUUGGGUAUCGAAUGGCGGAGAUGUAUCCAGAGAUGGUGGAGAAAGUGGUGAUACUGAGUAGUGGAGUUGGGUGUUCCAAGGAACAGAAAGAGGAGCAGUUGAAAAAAAUAGGAAGAGAUCCAGUUGAAUUGUUAAUACCAGCAAAACCAGAGCAUCUGCAUGUGCUGGUGAACUUGUCAAUUUACAAGUAUAAUCCUUUCAAAUGGGCCCCUGAUUACUUCCUCCAGGAAUUCAUUGAUAUGAUAAGUAGGAGUCACCUGAAGGAGAAGCAAGAGCUAGUGCACCACUUGCUGUCCGACCAUACAGAUUGCAUAUGGCCCAUCUUAACUCAGGAAACGCUGCUUAUAUGGGGUGAUAAGGACAGAGUUUUCCCUCUUAUGUUCGGCCACCAAUUGCAAAGACAUCUGGGGCCAAGAGCAAAGUUAGAAAUAAUCAAGAACACAGGACAUGCAGCGAACAUUGAAUCUCCUGAUUCUGUCAAUGCUUUGAUUAGAGCCUUUAUCUUGCAGCAAAGCAAGGACUUAAAUUGUAGCAUCUGAUUGACAAUGGAAUUAAUCCUGUCAAUCGCGAUGCUACUAGGCUUAGCUGGGGGUUCUUGCUCGUUUAUUUAUGAUGUCUCUAUUAUUGCCUCACUGUUUGUAAAUAAUGAACUACUAAUGGGACCUUGAAGCAUUAAGAACU